AUGGACUCAUCAAACGCUUCCUCCUCCUCCUCCUCUACAUUAUUCAUCAUCCCGGACACCCCCCCAUCGGAGAGGGAGCUGAACUACUGGGAACAGCAGAAGCAGCAGAAGAAGCAGCAGAAAAGCCUCAGCUCGGCUGCCACCUCUGCUGCUACAGCUGUCGCCUCCACCUCUGGCGCCUCCUCAUCCUCACCCCUAAAGAUGCAGGGAAUAUUUGUUCAACGUGAGGAUAAGAAAGAAGUCAUCAUACCAGACACCAGCCCUCUCCCGCAAGCUACACCGGCUACUUGGGCACCACGCCGAGCGGCCCUCACAUCGGUACCCGCCGCCAAGCAGCCGGUGAAGCGGAGGCUGGUCUUUGAUGACGAGCCCGCCGUCCUCACUCAAUCAAAGAAACGUGCGGCGCAAGAGCACGACAGCUCCAUGACGCCUCUUUUGCGGGAGGAGGAGGAGGAGGACGAGUUGGACGUGGAGACGGAGGACUUCCUUGCCAUUAUAAAUCGUCAUACUGAGAAACCGUGGACGCCUCUCCGGCAGUUGGUGGAGGACACGGCGUACCCCAUCGUGGGGGUACGGGAGAUUACAAACCAACAUGGUCACCGCAUUGUCUUAAAAGUCCAUUUAACAUCUGUACGGCUGACGGACAUAUACAUGCCGGAGAGGUAUACCCACAGUUUAACGUCCAAAGACAUUGAAAGUUUUAAAAGAAAUUGUAAAUCACUAUGUCUGUUUGUGAAGCAUGUUAAUGCUUUUUUGACAGACAUAAAAAUUGUUGAGUGCAAAAUUAGCAAAUUUGGCAUUUAACAAUAUUUAUGUCGGUGAGCAUUAACAUGUUUUG